CAAUGGGAGGGGUGAAACUGAUGUAGCUCCAAAUUAUUAAUCAUUUGGAGCAUUAUUAAAAGACUAAAAAACCAGAAAAAAAACAAGAUGACAUUUGUGAUAAGAGUAAUUAAAAAAUAAAGAACAGUAAUUAAUCAAAAUAUAAUAUAAAAGAGUUUUAAAAGAAUAAGUGAACUCGAAACCAGCAUCUUUAGAUUUUUUUAUUGUCAAAACAGGAUAAUAAAAACCCAAAUUAGAUGGUCAUACUUGGGAAAUUAUGUCAGUCUCUUUCUCUCAUAAUACCAUAUAUCCAUCUUUCUAAUGGCAAAAUAAUCAUUAUAUAAAGAAAAUAAGGUUUAAUGAGAUAGUAUUUCUUUUUUCAUUACUAUAGGUCUAAGCUUUUCCAAAAAGGCCAAUUUUAAGCUUUACAGCGACUGUUUCAAUUAUAAACCCUUUCUUAUAAAGUAAAUAAAUUAUUUUUAAUUAGGUAACGUUAAAUCCUAUAUUUUUAAAUAUUGUAAUAAACAUUAAUUCUUCAAUUUAUGA